UGCAAUUGUGUUAAAUUAUUUUUAUAUCUUUAAUAAGGCAUGUCAUAAAUAGAUUGCAGUCUACUGUUCAGAUAAAAUGGAAUGGCAGUAGAUUAUAUUCAGGGUUACUCAUUAAUAUCCAAUCACAGACCAAAUUUCGUCACGGAAUUUAUUUGUCGGAGGUUGUCACAAUUUGGUUUCACUUCCCACUCAAGGCUAACACACUUGAGUGAAAGUUUCUGAAAGUUUUCACUCUCUGAGUUUCUCGCGUCUGGUAGGUUAGUAUACCCCCAGCAGCGACAGAGUAGCUGAACAGCAAAUUUAAAGCAAAUCAACAAACUGAUUCAGAAAUAGUCGAGGAGCGGUGCAGAGGAAAUAUGAAGACGUUUCUGGGAUUGUUAAUGGUGUUAUUGGUUUCAGGUGACGACGAGGUUACUGUGAAAGGCGUUGUAGGAGAAAGUGUCCAUCUGCCAUGCCCCUGCAUAGGAGUAAAUUUGAAUAAGGAAGUUAAGUGGCAGAAGGACUCUCCUGGCUUGGUGGUCGUGUCAAACAUAAAUGUGCAAUCUUUUGGGGGCAACUAUGCAGGCAGGGUCAAUAUGACCUUGACAAAUGGGAGCAAUAAUUGCUCUGUUAAUCUGACAAACAUCACACCAGAGGACCAUGGAAAAUACAAGUGUAUAUUCUACAAGGACGAAGUGUACAAGUAUAAACACGUAAAUCUGCAUGUUUGUGGCACAUCCAACAUUUCCCUGCAACAUUUCCCAGUGGGUAAUGAUGUAACAGUUUACCAAUGUAAUCUGGAGGACUGCGAUAAAGACGAAGUGAUUCAGUGGACUUUAAAUGGAACAUUAAUCGAAAAUUCAUCAAUGAAUAUCUCCGUGAAUAAUAUCACUGGCCUCUACAAGUUCAGCACCAGUCUGUCCACAAAACUGAGUUUGACCUCAAAUCCUGAAUGUACGAGGAGCAGCCUAAAGAUUCAUCAGUCUCCGCUCAGCUCUCCAAUAGACAAAUACAGAAUGUGGUUUAUAGGCAUCCCUGUGGUGUUGGUGCUUGGAUUGUCCCUGAUCGUGUGUUUCCUCUGGAAGUCUCACAGAGUGAAGGUUAAAAAUGGACAGCUUGAACGUGCAUACUCGAACUGCGGUGAAUUCCAAAAUGAAAGCGCUGUUCUCUGAGUUGUUUCUCUAUCAUCAACAUGUCAUCAUGCCCAUAUUCACUAGAGGGCAAGUUGCAUCCUGCAUCCUUCAUCACAGCAUCUUAAAGGUGAUUAUAUUCAAACAAAAAGCACAAGAAUGAUGUGUGAAAAAAUUAAAACCCUUGACGAGUGAAGCGAAUGCCACCAAUCUAUCCAUCCAUCCAUCCAACCAUUCUGUGCUUCUGGAUAACCACGUACAACCAACCUCACAUUCCCUCGGUGAUGGUACCCUCUUGCAACAGGACUCUUCCUUCUGCCAAACUUCAAACACUAAGGUGACAAAUCUUACUUGGGUGUCUCCAGAAUCCUGAGAUUUUGACCCUGUGACUUAUUUCUUUAAGAACACCACCUCUACCAACACCGCUAACGUGACCAAAGGCCUGCACUUACUCAACAAGAACAAAGAAAUUUGUUUUCUUGAGGUGGAAAAACAUUAAAGCAAAGUUUGUUCUGAUGAGGACAAUUCAUGCUUAAUGUUGCCAGGCAGGGGUUUGUGUGAGGUGGUGUCUGUGUCUUUAUAUGCCUUACACGUAUAGCUUUAGGUACUUCCUCACUGCCUUCGCCAGCAUUUCCUCAAAGCUAUCCAUCCAGCUACGUUGGACUUUCACACCACGGAAAAGUGGAAAUGAUGACUUUCUGCUUCCUACUUCUCCACAUUAACCAUGCCCACUUUAACCUUUUUGAGCAAUCACACAAUAGUUGUCGGAUACCACAAAGAAAAUAACUUCUGACUGGAUGAUGUCAAUCUCUGACAUCUCUCAAACUAGUUAUGCAAGAAACAAAUUUUUUUCAAACAACCCAGAAAGAGAGAAAAAAUGUCAUUAUUCUUGUGGAGUAUGUACACUUCUGGUCUGAAAUUGACGUACUGUGCCUGCUCUACUUGUAUUGUCAUUUAUUGAGAUUUAAAUAGAUUUAGCCUUUAAAGCCACACUAUUGAACUUUGGCAGGUUUUCACAUUGUGGCGCCUCUUAACACAGGCUGCUUUGGGUUCCAUCUUGAGCUUUCUUCAGGCAGUAAAAGUCAGCCUGACUCUUGUCUUAUCUCUUACUCUGUCACUUUCUCACUUUUGUGUCUUCGCUUCCUCGGAUAAGGUCCUCUCAGGUUUAUUUGUUGAGUCAACCAUGAUGGGCAUUGAAAAUGACCAAUGUGUUGAUAUCCAGUUUCUAGCGUGUACGUGGCGCUGUAAAGAAGAACGCUGUUAACAAGUGAUGCAUUAGAAAAAAGUCAUGAAGUUUUUGUUUUUUUAUAAAGACAAGGUUUCUUACUAGGCUAAGCAUUGAAUGAUCCUCCUCACUUUAAAAGUGUCUGCUAGAUAAGAACAUUUAAACGUACAAGCCCAAUCAAGAGAACUCAUUUUAAAAUCCAAGAACCCAGUGCUAAUUUGUGUGUGCUAAACACCUCUAGUUAUGUCCAUGUAGAAAAGUGCAACUACACAAGAAAUGGCUCACAGUUUUAAUGUUGUGGCAGGUCAGUGUAUAUCAGGGCCAGACUAAGAAAAGUUAUGGAAAAUGUUUAUAAAAAUGUUUAUAUAUUUUUUUCUAUUUUUUUUGGGGGGGGGGGGGGGUACUAUAUGUAUGACUUUUUAAAGGAGCAUUAACUCUUCUUUGACAUGAUGUAGCAAAUACCUGUUUUAAAGAUGCAUAAAAUGUACAGUGUGUGUGUUAAUAUGAUUAUGUUCUUGCAGUGUUUUCUACUUAGUUUGACAGUGUGUAAAAAUAUAAUUUGUUUAAACGUCAGUUGCAUUUCUUUUGCAAUUCUUUUUCCUUUAGUUGAAUGGUUUCUUUGAAUGUUGCUUUACCAAGUUUGUGUCCCUUCUAUAAGUCAGUUUAGGUUAAUGUAGAAAAUGUAUUAUUUAAGUUUUUUUUAAUUCAAGUAUUAUAUAUACUUAUUAUAUAUACUAAUAACUGUUAUUAAUGCCUUAUGUGUACCAAUAGACUGCCAGAGAAAGAGAUUUUGGUGAAACAUGGUAACAUGUGCUGUGCCAGAUUUUAGAUUUAGGCAAUGGAGGCAGGAAUAAAAUGUUAACAUGCUUUUUCAGGCUUAACAAAGUAUCAAAAAUGUAUUUUAUAACUCUGGUCCUGAUCUUGUUUUAUGUCACUAACUCCUUGUGUUGUUUUGUGCCCUGGCAUUACUGAAGUUUUGUUUUCAUAACACACUUAGUCAAUGGAUAGAUUCAUAAUGUGAAUUAAGCUGAGACAUAAAACCUUGUUCCUUUUUUUCUUCUUUUUUAGGGCUACAGAAAAUCUGAAAACAUUAAGCACUAUGUGAACAGGUAUAGACAGAGAAAAGUUUUCACUGCAGUCUGGUCAGACAUUUCCAUCAUUGUCAGGAUUUCAAUGUCUCGUGAUGCAGAAUUUAUCAGCAAGUUUUAAAUGACACUUGAAAAGUGCUGAACAAGUGCACAGCCACGGGAGGUUUGUAAAAUGGGUCAGCGAAGAAAAUUAGCAGCUGUGAAUACUCCAUCUCAGAGAGACUCUGCAGACACUGCUGGGGUCUGCAGCAGGAAACACAACAUCUGUAUGGUGUCUGACUUUUUCUAUCCAAAUAUGGGAGGAGUGGAAAGUCAUAUUUAUCAGCUGUCCCAUUGUCUGAUAGAAAAGGGACAUAAGGUGGUAAUAGCCACCCAUGCCUACGGUAAGAGGACGGGCAUUAGGUACUUGAACAAUGGACUGAAAGUCUACUACCUGCCCCUGCAGGUGAUGUACAACCAGUCCACAGCUACCACUUGCUUCCACAGUCUUCCACUGCUGCGCUGUGUGUUUGUCAGGGAGCGCAUCACUGUGGUGCAUGCUCACAGCUCAUUUUCUGCCAUGGCCCAUGAUGCUCUGUUCCAUGCUAAGACAAUGGGGCUAAACACAGUUUUCACUGACCACUCGCUCUUUGGCUUUGCUGACAUCAGCUCCGUCCUGACCAACAAGCUUCUGACUGUGUCACUGUGUGACACCAACCACAUUGUGUGUGUGUCUUACACCAGCAAGGAGAACACAGUUCUCCGUGCAGCUCUCAACCCAGAGAUCGUGUCUGUCAUUCCCAAUGCUGUUGAUCCCACAGAUUUCACCCCUGACCCCUGCCAGCGCCAAGAUGACAGGAUCACAAUUGUUGUCAUCAGCCGUCUAGUCUACCGUAAAGGAAUUGACCUUCUUGGUGGAAUAAUCCCGGAGCUCUGCCUCAAACAUCCUGAUCUACAUUUUCUGAUUGGUGGAGAGGGGCCAAAGAGAAUUGUGCUGGAGGAAGUGAGGGAGAAAUACCAGCUGCAUGACAGGGUGCGUCUGCUUGGGGCUCUGGAGCAUAAAGACGUGCGCAGUGUUUUGGUUCAGGGUCACAUCUUCCUCAACACCUCGCUGACUGAAGCAUUCUGUAUGGCCAUCGUAGAGGGAGCCAGUUGUGGACUGCAGGUGGUUAGCACUCGUGUGGGUGGUAUUCCUGAGGUGCUACCUGAGGACUUGAUCACGCUGUGUGAACCCACAGUUCGCUCAUUGUGUGCUGGUUUGGAAACAGUAAUUGCCAGACAGCGGUCUGGAUCUGUCUCUACCCCCGCCUCCAUCCAUGCUCGUGUAAGAAAUCUUUACACCUGGAAAAACGUUGCAGAGAGGACUGAAAAAGUGUAUGACCGAGUGGCUGGAGAAGAGGUUCUUCCCCUGGACAGGCGGUUGCGGAGGCUGAGGACUCACUGCGGCCCCGUGGCUGGCUCCAUUUUUGCCUUUGUAGCUGUGUUAGACUUUCUCUUCCUACUGCUUCUGCAGUGGUUGGUGCCAGAUCGGGACAUGGAUGUUGCUGUUGAUGCCACCGGCCCGCACGGACGGUGGAGAAGGGAAAUGAGCGGGAAAAAUGAAGCUCAUUCAAAAUGUGCCACAAAGCGAGCAGCAGAAACGGCAACAGCGUCAUAGUAAUGACUUUGUACCCCUACUUCAACUUCAGAUGCUGAAACUUCAGCAUGUUUAUGGUGCCGACAGACGUUUUGAACAUUACUUAAUGCUGAAUGUCAUCAAGGUAACCACCAGCCCUGUUUUCAUGUACUUAUCUAAAGGGACCUUGUGUAAAAGUAUUUUAUCUGGUGUUCCUUGAGAGUUAAGAUGCACUUUUUCAUAUUUUCUGCUCAACAGCACUGAACAUAAGGAGGAAAUGGUCAAUUGUAAUGUAGCUGGGAACAAAACUGCAGUAUCUUAACUUCUGUUAUCAGCGGACCUCAUAGUUUGGCUUAUAAAAUUCACUGUUUUUCUUAAGCUGCAUAUCCGAACAAAGUUUUAUUUGAAUGAUACUUCACUGUUAUUUUUAUGUUACAUAUUUAUGUGCAACUUGUGAGUUAUGACUUUUAGAAAAUCAAAUCUGGAAAAUAAACUAUACUUGCAAAUA